GCGCGGGAUUAAGGUCCGUCCCGCCUCUUCCGAGGAAGCUCUCGUUUCAGGUUCCGGGGCCGCGCAGCUCCGGGCCUGGGGGUCGCGCGCGGCGCUCUCCGGGUUCCGGGGCCGCGCGCCCCGAGGCGGGCGGGAUGGAGGAGGCCGGGGCGGCCGUGACCGCGGCCGGGGAGGCCGAAUUGAACUUGUCCCGCCUCAGCGUGUCCCCCGAGACGCUGGAGUCCGAGCUGGAGUCGCGGGGCGAGGAGCGGCGCGGCGCGCGGGAGGCGCUGCUGCGGCUGCUGCUGCCGCACAACCGUCUGGCGUCGCUGCCGCGGGCCCUGGGCAGCGGCUUCCAGCACCUCCAGCUGCUGGACGUGAGCGGCAACGCGCUGACGGCGCUGGGGCCCGAGCUGCUGGCGCUGCGCGGCCUGCGCACGCUGCUGGCCAAGAACAACCGGCUCGGCGGGCCCGGCGCGCUGCCCAAGGGGCUGGCGCGGUCGCCGCUCGCGCGCAGCCUCCAGGUGCUCAACCUCAGCGGGAACUGCUUCCAGGAGGUGCCCGCCUCGGUGCUGGAGCUGCGUGCGCUGCAGACCCUCAGCCUGGGGGGCAACCAGCUGCAGACCAUCCCGGCCGAGAUCGAGAACUUGCGGAGUUUAGAGUGUUUAUAUCUUGGAGGAAACUUCAUCAAAGAAAUCCCGCCAGAAUUAGCAAAUCUGCCUUCUCUAAAUUACUUGGUAUUAUGUGACAACAGAAUUCAAAGUGUACCUCCUCAGCUUUCACAGUUGCAUUCACUUCGAUCCCUCAGUCUUCACAAUAACUUGCUGACAUACCUGCCUCGAGAGAUCCUCAACCUUAUUCAUUUGGAAGAAUUGAGUUUGCGAGGAAAUCCGUUGGUUGUUCGUUUUGUUAGAGAUUUAACCUAUGAUCCUCCGACUCUCCUGGAAUUAGCUGCUCGGACUAUUAAAAUUCGAAAUAUUUCCUACACUCCCUGUGAUCUUCCUGGGAAUCUUCUUAGAUACUUGAGUUUAGCCAGCAAUUGCCCAAACCCAAAGUGUGGAGGAGUGUACUUUGACUGCUGUGUCAGACAAAUAAAAUUUGUGGACUUCUGUGGAAAGUACCGCCUCCCCCUGAUGCACUACUUGUGUUCACCAGAGUGCUCUUCGCCUUGCAGUUCCACAUCCCAGAGCGAAUCUGACUCGGAGGACGAAGCUAGUGUUGCCGCACACAGAAUGCAGAAAGUUCUUCUUGGUUGAAGAGUGCAGAGUGGAGUGAAACACUAAAAGACUGAGAAAAGGUUGUUAGAAAAGAAAGUAGACUGUGAGGUUCACUAGAAACAUUAUCUUCAUCUUGAAUGUCCAUGAAAGAGUCAGAGGUGAUAUAAAUAAAAGAUUUUAUGUAUCUACCCAUUCAGCAGGAAUGAGUCCAUUUCCAUGUUUGGAUUUUUUAAAUGGAAUUCACUCUGAAUGGCCGUUUUAAAUUUGGCUGUUUGUUAGCAGUUUUCACUCAAGUUUUGCAUAACUCCCACAGCAGACUAGAACAUUCUGAAGAGCAAUGCUAUAAUAAACCUUGAGUGGUAACAAUUAAGAUAAAGAAAUAAAUGAUCAAAGCUGUAUUAUUACCAGAGUUGUCCUUGGGUUUAGGUUGAACACUAUACCAUAAUAGAAUUAAUCCUCUUCAUAUAUUGCCCAUAUGUCUAAAUUACAGAGCUAUUCAGAUAAGCUCACAGAUGGUUACAUGGGCCCUAAACCUUUCUGACCCCACUAUCUGGUAAAGUAAGGGAUAUAACCUUAUGUGGGAUUUUAAAACUCUUCAGUUCUGCUCCUUUAUUUUAUAUGAUUGCUAUUACCCUUAGGUAAUCCAGCAAUGACUGUUAUAGUGCCUUAAAUCCUAGCUAGGAUUUGGAAGUUUAUGCAAGAGAUGAUGCCAGAGUAGCCUAUAACCUGCCAUACUAUGCAGAACACUGAAAUAUGCUUUAACAGAACUAGGUGAACAACUGUAUAUCUGACACCUGAGCUCAUUAUUACCUUACCUUCAUUUUUUGCGUAAACAUGAAGUAAACCCCUCACAAAUCACUUUUACACUUAAUGAGAGGCCUCACUCUUGAUCACUCUGUUCAUCAUAAGAGAAUAAUAGUUUUUGAUUGAAAAAAAAUUUGUCAGAUUUCUUUGGACAGACUAGAGAUUUAUGCAAGCUUCUUUGUAUCUUGCACAAAGUGGGAAAAUGACUUAAAAAUUUUAACAGUUAUGACUUUAUUGCCUGUGUGUACUGAACUAUAACUUUCUCUAGAUUUUAAAAAAAACACUAGAAAAACAUCACAACAAACCAAGUAAAAUUUGGGCAGCAGUCGUGUUUGUACACAGUAGAACAAUUUUCAAAAUCAGUUUAACCAUGGAAUAUUUUUAAAAUAUUUUUUAUAUUGAUAAAAAAAUAUUAGAUAAUCCUUAAAGUAUAGAAGAAAAAUGCUUUUACAGAUUACUCGCUAUUGGAAAUGACCAACUUUUUAUUAAUCAGCUUAAUAUGCAAUAAAAAUUGAGUAACAAUUUAGUAACAAGCUGGUAUUAUAAAAUAAGAUACACAACACAUACUAGCAAUCUUAGAUCAUUAAUCUCUAAUAGCAUGAUGUUUGGUAAAUGUUACCUAUACAGUAAUAUGCAGAUCAGAAAUGCAUUGCAAGCAGGAGGUGGCCUCCUUUCUGACUUGCUGGUAUUCAUGAAUGGGCACAUCAUUUCUUAAAGCAGAUUGUUUUACAGUAAUGAUAUGUAUAUGUAUUAGGUUUUUGUCAUGUAGUAUUUUUUUACUUUAGAAGAAAAUAUACUGUAGGGUAGUUUAGGGUUUGUCUGUUUAUUAUAUGUUAAUUCAUGAAACAACAUGAAAGUUUCAUGACUGCAGUUGUGAAACGCUGCUAUAAAGUAAAUCCCUUCCCCUUGUUAUAAUGUAGUAAGAUUCUUUUUUCCUUUUGAUUCAGAAACUUUCUAUGUCUAGUAUAGAAAUAGACGUAAUCUAGUAUAUUUCUACUGCCUAGCAAAGUAUGCAUGGGUCUUACAAUGGAAGUAAUAACAAGUCUUGUUUACUUCUCCAUUUGAACCACAGCAAGUUAUAUACUACAAACGUAUGAAUAGUAAAGAUGACUUAGGUAGUACCUAAGUGGUAAACUCAAAAUGUUUUGUAAGUGACUUAGUUUAGAUAUAUAAAAUAUUUUCAUAGAAAAUAAUGUAUUCAUAGUAAAAUACUCAAAUGAAUAGGACCAAAUUUUUCUGGCUUAAAUGCCUCAAUUUACUUUCAAAUUUAUUACAAGCUUCACCUAAGUAACAGCUUGGGUAAUCUUUUAAGAGUUAAUCUUUGUAAAAAAAUAAAAAUAAAAAAUGGAUAGGUAUGUAAAUAUGGUGUUCAACCUUACAUACCUCUUUCCAGCUUCCCAGAAAUAAGAUGCACUGAUUGAGCUUUUACAGAUGCAUAAAUAGGUCUAACCAGAAACAGUUUCUAGCUUUUGCUAUAUAAUGUAGAUGUAUAUAGCAAACUAUCAAAAUGUUUGCUAUGGUUCUCUAUAUGUGCAUUUGAAAACCUAAGAUCAGUGUCCAGCUGUCUUUCGUGACUUUUACUGAAAUCUACAUUAUAGUUGUUUUAUCUUUUUAAAAAAUCUUUUACAAGAGCUUUUUACCUUUUAACCUUUUAUAAGAGCUGCUAAUUCCUAAGAUUUCCCCCCUGUUUUUUACCCCUACCUUCCCUUUCUCGGUGACUAGAAAUUAAACCAGAAGGUGAGAUAUAAGGGACUUGAUAAUCUAGAAACCAGAUAGUCAGCUCCCCAAUCAUCUAGCUCACUCUGUAUUUAAAAUGAUAGUCUAUAUCUCUUUAGUUGUUAAGUCACAUAUUUGUGUUUAAACUAUAGUUGAUAAACUUUAACUAUCUUUUGAGAUGUAUAGAAUAUGCACUAAUUUUCAUAGUGAAAUAAGUAUGUUUAGCUCUACUUGGACAAUUUUAGUGACCAAAACUUAUGUGGAUAAAACUACUUAGCCAAAGCAUUAAAGUGUUUGGAAUGAAAUUCUUCAGUGCUAAUAUUUAAAAUUGAAAUGGAUACAUUGAACAUUCUUAGUAAUCUUUAUCCUUAGAAUACAGUUCUCAGUAUCAUGAAACUGAGAGGUGAAAUAGUCUUAGGAUUUUAGGAACUAGGAAAGUUUUGCUUUCAUGGUGCCAGAGAAUGGCUAACCUAAGGACAAGCUAGUCAGGGUUGUCAGUAUUCCCUGUAUUUGAAUAGGGAAUAUAGGUCUGGGGGGUUACCGUUCAUAUUUUACUUUUAAAUGUGUGCCAGAGGAGUCUCUUACUAAAAUUCUUGAUACCUGGAACUUUGGGCUAUGAAAUUUGAAAGAAAAGACUUGCAUUGUAAAUUGUAACUCAAAUUUGAGAAAUUUUUGUAUUGAUGUAAAUAAAAGUUAAAGACAGUUCACACUAGUGCAGUAUAACACUGCAGACCAAUUCCACACAAACAUUGUGAAUAUCAGUUUUAAACAAGAAAGAGGGAAAAGGCUCAUUGUUGGAGUAUGAAAUGAAAGAAAUCUUUUAAAGCAACAAAGGGCAGGGAAAUAGAAGUUACCAGGGAUAUCCCUGAGCAAAGAAAGUUCUUUAAAGUAAUAGUGAAUUGUUUUAAAAUUAAGUUGCCAGACUACCAUCUGAAAGCCUUUCUCGUUGAUUUCUUUAGUUUCUGCUAUUGGGAUAUUGCCCACAUUCCUCCAUAAUGAAGGGCCAGCAAGUAAUAAGAUUUUCCUGUAGCCAACCUUGCUCUUUCCAAAGGGAGUAAGUAAUACCUCAUUAACCUGGAAUUUGUGGUACAGUCUUGGUUAAUGUUUACCUUUGCACUAUGG